UGUGGGAAAUCUUUUGUUUGCAAAAGAACUGUCAAAAUCCGGAGGAAAAUUCACAUGGAAAUAAAACCUUAUAAAUGCUUCGACAAAUCAACCCUGCAGCGACACCAGACAGUCCACACUGGGGAAAGACCCCAUGAAUGCCCGGAAUGUGAGAAACGAUUUGGGAGUUCUUCCAGACUUCGGAGUCACCAAAAGACGCACACGAGAGAAAAACUCUAUAAAUGUAACGAUUGUGAGAAAUGUUUCGCUCUAAAGAAAAGUCUUUUUCGACAUCAGAUAAUCCACACAGGGGAGAAACCCUAUCAAUGCAUCGAGUGUGGAAAAUUUUUUCAUAUGAUAGCAAACCUCAGACAUCAUAAGGAAAUUCACAGAGGGGAAAGGAAAUUCAAAUGUUUAGACUGUGGGAGAGCAUUUAUUCAUUCAACUCAUCUUAGAAGUCACUGGCAAGUCCAUACAGCAGAGAAGACCCAUAAAUGCUCAGUGUGUGAGAAAUCUUUCACUCGGAAAGACAGACUUUUGAUACAUCAGAGAACCCACAUUGGAGAGAAACCAUAUAAAUGUCCGGAGUGUGGGAAGUCUUUUUUGUGCGAUGAAUAUCUUAAAAGACACAAGAAGAUUCACAUAGGAAAGAAGCCUUACGAGCGU